CCUGAGAUUUUGAAAUCAAGAGAAGAUUGAGUAUAGACUCUCGUUGUGGAGAGGGACCUGUGUCGAUGUACUGUACGAGUGUGUAACAUGGUUGCAAGCGCAGUAAUAGAUUCCGAUCUGAAAAGUGAUUUGAUUGUCCUUCAGUCGAUUCUUUGAGUGGAUACACCUUUCAAAGUUGUGUAAACAAAUUCAAAGAAAGGUUUGAUCACUGCUCAUUGUUUGACCAGUAGUCAGAAAUAGAGGCCUAUUACAGCGGACUAAGAGCUGCUUGAUAUUUUCGGGAUAUUGAAUGUAUUAACAAAGUCAAUACGUGGAGACGGAGGAUGGAUAUGGGUAUAUUCCAAACUAGCAGAUUGAGAGAUGGGCUGGUGUUCGUCGCUGCUUUCCUUCUUGUGAAAUGGCUGGUGGUGGGAUCCAAAUCAAGAAGAAAGUCGGCGUUUCCUCUGCCCCCUUCGCCUCCGGGUCUCCCACUGAUCGGACAUCUUCUUAUGCUCCGUGGAGACUUUCGCCAUGUCUUCCGAGGACUGAUGGACAAGUACGGCAACAUUUUCUCGAUUCGUGUAGGACCCCAGACGAUCAUGGUGAUGAACGACAUCGAUGCGGUUAAAGAAACCUUCGUGAACCAGUCCGAUACCUUUUCAGACCGACAUAUGCCCCCUCUGCUCAAAUACGCUCUUGGUUCUGCGGGUAGUUUUGCCUUUGACAAUGGCCCUGUAUGGAAAGCUCGUCGUCGCUUUGGCUUCGGUGCUAUGAGGACGUUCGGCGUUGGGAAGUACAGCAUGGAACAACGGAUCAUCGAAGAGGCGAACGUACUUUGUGAGGUCAUCGAGAAUAACCAAGAAACCAGUUUCAACCCAAGAGAACUUAUCACCCACUCCGUAUCCAGCAUCAUCUGCGGCAUAACCUUCGGACAGAGGUUUGAUUUAAAUGAUCCAGAAUUCAAGGAAUUGAUUGGAAGAAUGCACACUGCACUGUCAACCAUCACAUUUUUCUCCGUGGGACAACUUUUCCCGUUUCUCCUACACACGCCUUUGUACUCUGACUUCCGUCAACUGGUCUUCCGGCUCAAAUCUCUGGUAACGCGCAUGGUCCGGGAACACGAGAACAGCCUCGAUGAUCAGCACAUUAGAGACAUCAUUGACCUCUACGUCUUGGAGAUUCGAGAGCAGAAAAAACGCAGAGAUGACAUCGUAUUUGAUGAGACGAGGGUGUGGCGUGGCAUCUUCGAUCUGUUUGCGGCAGGGACAGGGACCACGAGUACGACGUUGAUGUGGGCUAUUUUCUUGAUGGCAUCGCAUCCUGAUACCAUGAAGCAGGUGCAAGCUGAGAUUGAUAGCAUUAUUGGCGAUCAUCGCUCACCAUCGAUGGCAGACAGGGAGGCAAUGCCACUGACAAUGGCAACUAUCUUGGAAAUCCAGAGAUUUCGACCAGUAGCACCCCUUGGGUUUCCCAGAUUCACCAGUAGGGAUGCUGUGGUCAAAGGAUAUUCCAUUCCUAAAGGAACAGCGGUCCUCGUGAAUUUAUGGGAGCUCAUGCACAGUACAGAGUAUUGGGACCAGCCUGAAAAGUUCAAACCUUCACGAUUUCUGUGUGAAGAUGGGAAGAGCAUUAUCAAACCGGAUGCAUUCAUUCCAUUUGGUACAGGGAGUCGUUCGUGCUUGGGAGAGAUAUUGGCAAAGAUGGAAAUCUUCCUGGCUUUCACGUGUCUCCUUCAAAGAUUCAACUUUUACUUGUCUGAGGAUUCACCGACAAACACUGAACCAAUACCUGGACUUGCAUUGAUACCGCCUGAUUUCCGUAUUAGAGCUGAGAAAAGAUUGUAAAAAUGUUACUUUCUGACUUUGUCGCCUCUUUCAUUCAUUCAUUCAUUUAUUCAUCCAUUAUUUCUGUCUUCUUUUCUUUCUUUCUUUCUUUG